GCAAGUCGGAGGUAGCAAGAUGGCUGCCGCUGGGGCAGACUGUGGUGUUGGGGCCGACGCGGACCGGGAAUUGGAAGAGCUUCUGGAAAGUAAGAGCCCGUAUUGGGAAAGACCCAAAGAGGGUGCUCUUGAUGAUUUCGAUAAGGCCAAACCUUCCCCAGCACCCCCUCCUACCACCACGGCCCCUGCUGCUUCGGGGCCCCAGAAGAGAUCGCCAGGAGACACUGCCAAAGAUGCCCUCUUCGCCUCCCAAGAGAAGUUUUUCCAGGAACUGUUCGACAGCGAGCUGGCUUCCCAAGCCACUGCAGAGUUCGAGAAGGCAAUGAAGGAACUGGCUGAGGAAGAACCCCACCUGGUAGAGCAGUUCCAAAAGCUCUCAGAGGCUGCUGGGAGAGUAGGCAGUGAUGCGACUUCCCAACAAGAAUUCACUUCUUGCCUAAAGGAGACAUUAAGUGGACUAGCCAAGAAUGCUACUGACCUUCAGAACUCGGGUAUGUCAGAAGAGGAGCUGACCAAGGCCAUGGAAGGGCUGGGCAUGGAUGAAGGGGAUGGGGAAGGGAACAUCCUCCCCAUCAUGCAGAGUAUCAUGCAGAACCUACUGUCCAAGGAUGUGCUCUACCCAUCACUGAAGGAGAUCACAGAAAAGUAUCCAGAAUGGUUGCAGAGUCACCGGGAGUCUUUACCCCCAGAGCAGUUUGAAAAAUAUCAGGAGCAGCACAGUGUCAUGGGCAAGAUAUGUGAGCAGUUUGAGGCAGAGACCCCCACAGACAGUGAGGCCACUCAGAAGGCUCGUUUUGAGAUGGUGCUGGAUCUUAUGCAGCAGCUACAGGAUUUGGGCCAUCCGCCAAAAGAACUGGCUGGGGAGAUGCCUCCUGGCCUCAACUUUGACCUGGAUGCCCUCAAUCUGUCGGGCCCACCAGGUGCCAAUGGCGAACAGUGUCUGAUCAUGUGAAACACAACACGUUUUCCUCCCUGAUUCCCAGCCAUGGGGAACAUCUGGAGUCAGCAGAACCACUGGGAGCUGAGGCAGGAGUGUCAUCUGCAGGAGCGGUCUUCCCACUGCCCUCUGUCAUCCCAUCCAAGAUUGUGCCAUACCAGCUGAGGCUUUUUCUCUGUCUUUCUAGGAAUGAGGUCUGUUCUGAAGGCCAUUUCUUUGAGCCCUAUCCAUUGUGGUUUCUGCUGCUAACCAAGGCCCAGCUACCCACCAGGUGAAGGAAGGCAUCCCUUUUAGGGCAUACACCUCCUUCCCUCUCCCGAAAUAAUGUUAUAUAUGGCCACACUGAUGUUCACCUUUGCACCCAGGGUUUUCGUGCCUUGUCUCUACUCCCUCUCUUGGAACUGGGGAGCAGGGACAGAGUCCUGGUAUUCUGUAUUUCUGUAGUUCUCUUGGGCAGGACCUUUGGGAAUGAAUGGGGAGAAACUUAGCCUGGGCUGGGGCUAUAGGUCUGUCACCAUGCCCUCUUGCCUUCAACAGACAGACUGUUCUGAAUUCUCUGAAGGGAAAGAAAGUGGGGGCUUUGCAUCUAAUCACAAUGGGGUUGAAAGAGAAGCCCUGGCAUUCUCCUCUGUCCAGGUGCUGAGCCCUUAACUCCCUGUUCCAGCCUGAGAACUCAAGUUGCUGCCCUGGUUCUUUCUACAGUGCUGUGUGAUCUGGGUGAACCCAGCUUUUGACCUUCCUUUCCCCCUACCUCUUCUCUUAUCUCUUCUCUUUUAUAAAUACCUGUUUAUUUCAACCUUUCUUUGAGCCCAAGCUGUGACAAAGAAGGGCUCUUCCUGUUUCUCCUCAUCUAGUCCAUCCGCCGCUCUGCCUGGCCCCCUCUCUCCCUGGCAAACACAUAUAAUUAUAGUAUCAGGUCUAGGAAAUGAAUGACUGUUCUUCUCUAGAUACAUUCUGGCAUAUUUGAGACGUCUGAUUCCUUUGAAUCCUGUCCCUUGAUUCAGGGAAGUGGCUUGGGAAAGGGGUUGGGGUGCAUCCUGGGUCCUUUUUCCUGACUAAUAAAUACUGUAAGUAAGGAGUGUGGCCUGUUUUUCAUCCAGGUUUUUUUCUGAUCUUCCUCAGCUUCUGUAAGCUGCAGUGUGAGGAAUGUUAGCAGACUAGUUCUGCAUAACAUUGCAGUGCUGGAUUCUGCACCCACCACCCUUUCCCCAGCUCAGUCUGUACCUCAGCUGGCAAAAGAGACAGAAUGGCUAUCUUUCCUCAUUAACUUUGAGUAUUUCCAUCUGGGAAGCCCUUCAAUUGGUAUUGUAUUUUAACAUUUCACAUUAUUAUUAUUAAUAUUGGUAAUAUAUUAUUAAUAUGUUUUCUAAAUUAUUUAUCUUUAAACUGACCUUGCUCUUCUCUGUGGGAGCCAAUGGAUCUAUGGACCUUGGCUGCCAUAUGUUGGUGGACAGUCUGGUCAGACCAGCUGGCUGUCCUGGUUCAGCCCUCAGAAAAUAACUGCCAGAACAAAUUCACAUUCAUCAUCUGAGUCACUUUGAGCUCCUGACAUGUCACUUUCCCCUGGGUUAAAGCUUUUCACCCCUUAAGAUCCCAUACGUUCUGUGGUAUUGGCAAGGGAGGUAGUGUUCUUGAGGCCUCAGGCUGUCUGGGAAGGUCCAGCUACUGUACCUUAUCAGAGUAUGUAAGAGCCCAGGUCUGAAUCUGAGACUCCUCUACUCUGCAAGAGAUGGGAAAAGUACAGGCAGACUUGUGAUUAUGGCCACAAGGCCUGAAUGGCCAAAAUUCUCUCCUUAUAUCUCCAGCCAAAAAUUGGACAAGGAUAGGGAGGAGGAGGGGAGAACAAAAAAGGGCCCUCCCCCUUGAACAGUGUGCCUACUGUCCUGCUAGUUCUCACUUGUGCUGGCCUGGCCAAGAGCUUACUCCAUGAAUCUAAACAGAUGCCCUAGUCCACUUUAGUUUUCUUCCCAAGUCACUCAUUUUCAUUUUUAUUUUAAUUGAACAGGAACAAAUUGACCUCAGGUAACUCCCUGUUCCGAAAACACCAUCUGAAUUAUUCUAGGACUUAUGAAAGGAUGAAGCAGUUCUUCUUAAACUGUCUGUGGUAAAGGACCAUGUUUUUUGUUUUAUAAAUAUCCAAUCCUUCAUACA